CGCAGUGAGCGUUAUGAAGGGUAUGUGCGUGGUAUUCACGGUACUAAUCGCUGAUGUCCUGUCUCCGGCCAUCAGCGGAGUUAAGACUUUACGUCGCGGUCAUGUGACGUUCGGGUGCUUAGUAACAGCACGUGCGCGUUAUGUACAUGCACAAGUCCGCUAUGCGGCUUUGUGUCCUAACAUUACCCCCGCCGGGUGGACGACCAGUUUAAAACUCUAUUCAUCUUUGUUGGAACCGAGAAACACGGUUAGAAAAUUCAUUGCUCAAAGAUUGUUCUUUCAAUUAACACUUGCUUUUCAAUAAUAAGACUUGACUCCAGAUAAUAUGCCGACUCCAGAAGAAUAUGACAACUCAAAGAUUUGGACGACGCUCCUUACGAAUCGAGCAUACUUUGUGGGGUUGCUCGUGCUUAAUCACACGCUACGCAAAACACAAUCUAAGUAUCAGCUCAAGGUAAUGAUUACUCCUGCUGUCAAAGAGGACACAGAAUAUAUGCAGGCAUUUGAGGCUGCCGGAAUCCCCACAAUUGUCGUUGAGAACAUCGAACCGGCGCCUAGGGAUGGCAGAGUCAACAAGGGUACUUGGGAGAAGCUCGCUCCGUGGCGAUUUACGAAUUAUGAGAGAGUUGUCCUUCUUGAUAGCGACCAGGUCAUCCUGAAGAAUAUCGACGAUAUGAUGACUAUGGACCUUCUCGAAGGCUCCAUUGCAGCUAGUCAUGCUUGUACAUGCAACCCUCGCAAGUUGGCACAUUACAGUAAGGACUGGAUACCGGAGAAUUGCGGUUUCACUGCCGCAGACAAAGCGACCAGUAGGCCCAAACCAAUUACCGAGAGUAGCCCCGGGAAUCACCACCUACUGAAUAGCGGGACGGUUAUCCUGCGCCCGUCACUCAAGGAGUAUGACGCGCUCAUAAAGGCUAUGAACACACAUCCAGAUGUUCCGAAUAUGCUUUUCUUUGACCAGGACCUCCUAGCCAUCGUAUACCGAAACAAGUGGAAGCCUCUGCCGUACACCUACAAUGCGCUGAAGACUUUGAGACUAUGCCACAGCGACCUGUGGAAGGAUGAAGACGUCAAGAUCCUGCAUUACAUCCUUGACAAGCCUUGGAAGAGUAGGACGUACGCCGAUAACGCCGUUGGUUCGACACAUAAGGUGUGGUGGGAUGCAUUCGCUGAGGUCGAGAAAGAGUGGGCAGAGAGCUUGGACGAGGAUAGACGAAGAUUGUGGCAGAAUGUCGUCGUCCCUUUCAUUGCGCAGGAGUGAGCUUCUUCCUUGAGUGAAUGUUUGCGCCUAACACUGUUCAAAAAUAUGCCGCAAUUGCGUACCUAGACUGGGAUAUUUUUGGGGCAAACAUCUGUCAUUAUGUUUGCUGAUGAAGGGGAUUAAAAUGACGUGUCAUAGCGCUG